UCUCCCUCUGGACCCGCAGAGCUCCACCAGAGUCCUGCACCAACUUACCCUGAACCCACAGGGCUAAAACAAAUUUGUCCACACUCUCACUCUAAUCGACAAAAGCUUCAGCAAAGUCUACUGCCCUCUCACCCUGAUCUUGCAGAGCUCCAGGAAAGUCCUUCACAAUCUCACCUUGAUCAUGUAAGAAUCCAGAGAGGUCUUCCAUCUCCUCACCAUCAUCCUACAGAGGUCCUGGAACACCACAACCUGUCUCAAGUUAAUCCAGCAGAGCUUCAACAAAGCCCUGCCCUUGUGACUUGCUUGCAGGCUCAGCAUAGUCCUUGUCAGCUAAGUGACACAUUUUUUAGACCUACCCAGAAUUCUACAGAGGAUCAGCUUUUGGCCACAGACUCUCAGCGUCCAAUGCAAGGUAGUCCUAUAUCUUGUAGCCUUGCACAUUCUCCGCACAGCCCUCCGUGUCAGGCAGGGCUUAGUCCUACCCUUGUUCAGCCAUGGCCUGGAGAACCUGAGCGAAGCCCUCCACCACACAGUCCUGCGCAGGGUGGCACUACACAGACACAGUGCAAUAGACCAUGUAGUCCUACUGACAUCAUCACCACACAGUCUCAGCACAGUCCCCCACAAAGACUGCAUAGUCCUCCACAGGUUGACACAUCACCUCCACAGAGUCCCACACACAAUGCUGGAUGUACACUGGACAGGGAGAGCCCUGGAUCAACCAGCCCUGCUGGGCUGCAGCGUGGGCCUGCAUGGGACUUUUGUACACUGGACCAGGACCUCUUACCAGUCUGCUGUAGGUCUACUCAGACAGUAAGAAGACACGCCUCAAUGAGGCCCAUUUCAGCUCCAUGUAGCCCAUCACCAUCCCCACUCAGAGCCACACAGUGUAGUCUGUCAAUGCCUGCUAGCCCAGUACAGGCCAACUCUACGAAGCCUUUCAAGCCUUUACAUCGUAGCCUUCUUCCUGUUGAGCUUGCUACACAGUCAAAAAUCACAAAGGAAUGCACCAAAACCAGUACCACAGAGAUGAAGUCCUUGGAGCAUAGUCCAAUUCAGCUGAGUCCUAACCUUGAUUGCCAAACACUGGAAAGUAGCCCCGCCUCUGACCUAUCCAUAAUGUCUCCUUUUGUUCACGGCACGGAUGGCAAACUCACAAACCAGAGUAGCAUGCUUAGCUCUGCCCAUUCUAGCCCCCAUCUCGGUUCUGCUAUGCCCACACCAGAAAGCCUGGGUCACAUUAGCACUUCAAUGGAACACAGUAGCCUAACUUUGCCACCUUGUGCUCAUGACAGCCCAUCACGCUAUACAGAAGCUGUUGAAGGUAAAGCCAGUCCCAUACUGUUCCAAAAUAGCUCAGCUAGUGCUAGCCCCAAACAUGCCAGUCAAACGCCUACAAGCCCCAUCAGUUCUAGUCAGGCCUGUGCUAGCCCCAUGUCAGUGGAGACUACAGAGACUAGCCCCUCAACUCAACCAGCUAUCCCUGGAACACUAACAGACAGCUACUCUGCACAAACAAUCGCCCCCUUGGCACCACCUGUUAGGUCCUCAACACAACCAGCUAGCCCCUCAGCAGUACUGGCUACAUCCAUCCACCCCAUCUCAUGUCAGGGUACGGAGAUAGUAGAUGUCGACCAGAACAAGCAUUUUAUUCAGUCAGAAACUAGUCACGGCCAUCCUAACUUUUCUCUGGACAGUAGAGUUCAUACUAGCCCUACUCAUGCUUGCCCAGUCAGCACAGAAGCUAACAGUGCGUACAGUCUAAUGGACUCCACACAUGUUCAAGAGAGAACUGGUCCCUUUGUUUGUAGCUCUUCAGAGCUCGCACAGACUCAUUCAAGUCAAAGUUCCAAACAUCCUGGUCAGUCAAAUCCCUCACAUGUCCAAACUACCUGCAGUCCUCCUUCUUCUCGGAGUCCUUCUCCAGUACAGACAAGCCUCCUGCAUACUAGCUUUAGUCCUCCACACUGUAGGCCAACAGAUUUUAGCCCAGCUGGUAGUUCUGUGAGCCACAGUUCUAGCAUUACUGAUGUUAAUGUCAGCCACAGUCCCCUGAGGUCUAGUCCUGCUGGUCAAGCUGGUCCUGUUCACAUACAAAGCACCUGUAGUAGUGCCCACUCUGGCCCAGUCCAAAGUUGGACUCCCUCAUUAGCUAGCACGACAUCCAGCAGCCCUGCACAUGCUACUGUAUCGUGUGUUAGCCCACCUCACAGUCCAGCUCAGGCAAGGUAUCGUAGCCCCCAUUACAGCCAAGCUCCCGACACUGGAACCAGUUCUGGCCUGACUGUGGCGCAGCUGAGCCCCUCUUUGACGAGUUCAGGUCUUGAUGUGGACAUGUUGGCCAGUUGUUUAAAACAAAGCUCUGUUGUUCCCAGAGUGGUUCAGCUUGAUUCUGGUCUUGUUGAACCUACAGACAGUAUUAUUCAGAUGAGCCAUACACCUGCCAGUUCCCUACCUGAUGACUCAUCUGCUGUUAGUCCCAACCAGGCUAGUCUGAGCCGGGUAAGCCAGUCCCCGGCUAGUCCUCUCCCUACCCCCUACAGGUCUGCAGUUAAAAGCCAACAAAACACUGCUGAAGGAAGCCCCUUGUUUCGAAGACCAGCGUCCCCUGUUGAUGCUACUUCCGCUCUGGCUACUCCGAGCCAUGCGAGCCCUGUCCAUACGAGUCCCACUCAGGAUUACACUGCGAUGCCUAGCACUAGCCCCAUUAGUGAAACACCCUCACAAUUUAGCCCUCCUCAGACACUCUCUCCUUGUGCUCCACUAGCUAGCUCUGUGCACAGUAAUCCAGUUUCUAGUCUGGUUUGUGGCCCUAGUCCUACCAGCCCUGUGCAGCCAGAGGCUAGUCCCAGUCCUGGACCAGGUAGCCCUCUGCGGUGUGAGGCUACCCCUGGUCCCCAUUCAGUUAGUCCUGUUCUUGCUACCCAUGGGCAGUCUGAAACUAGCCUUAGUCCUGGUCUUACUAGGCCUGUGCAGCCUGAUGCUGGUCCUGGUUUUGGAGGCCCCUCUGUUUCCAGCCCCCAGCAACACACCACAGAGAGCGAGUCUUCAGUCCCUGUGGAUGUCGGCGAGGUGGAGGAGCAGGAGAAGAACACUGAAGAAGAGAAGCCUGACCAGACAAUAAAGGAGAGUCCAGAGGAUGGAGGAGAACUAGACCACGAGGAGGAGGAUCAGCAUAGCAGCUCAGACUGUCCCCCUUCAGGAGUCCAGCUGGGAUCGGUCCUGAAUGAAGACUUCAUCCCUCCUCUCUCCACACCACACUCUGCCUUACCCCUCUCCUCCCCUCCUAGAGCUGGCUCUCUGGAGGUCCCCCCCCACAGAUCGGCCUUACUCCCCUCCUGCCCCCCUCAUGCCCUGACUCCUCCCUCCCUUCCUCUGGAGGAGGAGUCUACCUAUCAGAGUGAAGCCCUGGUGGAGGAGGCGGGGCUAGAGGACAACUCUCUUUUCUGUCAUGUGACAUCAGCAGAUGAUGACAGCCAAUCACAGAGUCCGUUUGAACCUGCCAAAGAUGAGCACCAAUCACAUGCUGAGCCUUCAGGAAGGGAGGAGGAGCCAAUAGCUACAGACGUUGCCACUUCAGAGGAGGUUGCUGGGCAACAGCCAAUGAGGGAGAAGCAGGAUGCAGAAGAGAAGGAACAAGGAAAGGAUGCGACUGGUAGGAUGGAGAGAGAGAGCGCCGAGCAGGAGGACCAAUCGGAUGAGGAGGAGGAGGAGUCUGUGAGCCCUGUGCUGGAACUGGACUUAGACAUUGAGGCGAUGGCCCUGAUGACCUCCUCGUCUCCUCCUCCCUCCCUCCUACAUCUCUCCUCCUUUAGCCCUCCUCCCUUUUCCCAUUCUCGGACUCUCAGACCUCCUCCCUGCUCCUCCCGACCUUCAGACGACCUCUCCAUCCGUCUGAGACAGUCUCCCUUCUCCACUGAGGCCUCCCCCGAGACCUCUCCCGCCAGAUCUCCUGUAACUCUGCCUCCUCUCUCACCCCCCUCCACUCCUCUCCGGUACUCCCCCCCUGACAGGGAGUCUUCACCUGUUUCAAAGGCUCCUCCCAUCACUGUGCUCCCCCUCACUCCUAAGAUAGGAAUGGGUAAACCAGCGAUCUCUAAGAGGAAGUUCUCUCCGGGCAGAGCCAGAGUCAGACAGGGUUCAUGGUGGAGGAGUCGUCGGGCGGUCAGCCCCCCCUCGUCCUCCCAGGAUUCCAUAGGAGAGGACAGCUUUACACUCCGGCCACCAGACCCCCCCCUCUGGAGCAUGAAAGUGGGUCGUGGUUCAGGGUUUCCAGGGAGGAGGAGAUCCAGAGGAGGUCUAGGAGGAGGAAGAGGAGGAAGAGGAAGGAGUCGACUGAAGACUCAGGACUGUCUGACUGUGUCACCGGGAUGUGUGUAUGUGGAGCCAUUCCAGCCAAAGGAGGAAGAGGAGAACUCGAUGCACAACACUGUGGUGAUGUUCUCCACCUCGGACCACUUCACCCUCAGACAGGACAUGUGUGUGGUGUGUGGGAGCUUCGGUCAGGGAGCUGAAGGAAGACUGUUGGCCUGUUCUCAGUGUGGACAGUGUUACCAUCCGUACUGUGUGAACGUCAAGAUCACGCGGGUGGUGCUGACCAAAGGGUGGCGCUGUCUGGAGUGUACAGUGUGUGAGACGUGUGGAGAGGCCAGUGACCCCGGGAGACUGUUGCUAUGUGACGACUGUGACAUCAGCUACCACACCUACUGCCUGGACCCGCCCCUUCAGACGGUCCCUAAGGGGGCCUGGAAGUGCAAGUGGUGUGUGUGGUGUGUAAGGUGUGGCUCCGCCUCCCCCGGGCUGCACUGUGAUUGGCAGCAUAACUACAGUCGCUGUGGACCGUGUGCCAGUCUGAACCGCUGUCCUCUCUGUCAGAGACAUUACACACAAGACGAGCUGAUACUGCAGUGUCAGCAGUGUGACAGGUGGGUCCACGCUGUGUGUCAGGGCUUGAACACUGAAGAUGAGGUGGAGGCUUUUGCUGACGAAGGCUUCGACUGCCAGCUGUGCCAAACACACAGCCGCAGCUGCCACGGGAGCUCAGACCGGUUGGAGACCCCUUUCAUGGCUCAGAUCAUCUCCAGGAUCAGAGAACCAGAAGUGAAGACGUACACUCAGGACGGAGUCUGUCUGACAGAGUCGGGUCUCUCUCACCUGCAGUCUCUGGUGGAGCCUCUGACGUCACCGCGCAGCUACCGCAGGUGUAAACCUAAACUGAAGCUGAGGAUCAUCAAUCAGAACAGUGUGUCUGUGAUGCAAACUACACCUGAGCCCUGUAAGGACCCUAGCAGAGGUGACUUUGAAUGUGAGAUGAAAUCUGACUCCAGUCCUGAGAGAGACCACGACCAUGAUGUCACAAAGGAGUCUGAGGUUACCGAAUGCAACAAGAAGAGGAAGAGGAAACCCUACAGACCAGGUAUCGGUGGGUUCAUGGUGCGUCAGCGUGGAGGGAAAGUCGGUCCGAGCAGAAUCAAACUGAGCAGAAAUGAUUCGACAGAGAGGAUUCUGGGAGAUGAAGGCCUUCCAGGUGCAGAUGUUUCCAUGGAGACGGUGUUACCUGCUGAGCAGACAAUGGAGAAAGUGAAGAAGAGGUACAGAAAGAAGAAGACCAAGCUAGAGGAAGAGUUCCCUUGUUAUCUCCAGGAGGCGUUCUUUGGUCGCGUCCUUCUGGAUGUGAGCCGCCUGGCAGACAGGAAGCAGGGGGCGGAGACGCCAGGUGCCAGCCAAUCAGAAGCAGCGACCGGUGACGUGAAAAGCCCCGCCCCUGUAUUACAUGGCCCCUCCCCCUCGGGCCUUCCGCUUGGCACCGUGGCAACCAACGCCAUCAAGAAGCAGCAACUGCGUCACUUCCAGGAGGAGCGCUCCCUCUCUCCGUUUGGUAGGACUUCUUCUCCUUCUUCUUCUGCUUCUUCUUCUUCUCUUGUAGAUAUCACUGCUUCUUCUUCUUCUCCUGUAGAUAUCACUCACUAUUUCUUCUUCUUCUCUUGUAGAUAUCACUGCUUCUUCUUCUUCUUCUUCUCCUGUAGAUAUCACUGACUGCUUAUUCUUCUCUUGUAGAUAUCACUGCUUCUUCU